GGUGUAUAAGGUGUCCUUGGAUAGCCUUUGAAGUCUAUUUUCAUAAUUGAGUGGUCUCUGUUCGAGAGGAGAGAGUAGUCAUCCAAAAAUCGAUCUGAAGCGAGCAGUGGUCUGUGAACUCGAGCUGUGAGAGUGCUGAGACUGUUUGGUUGAUAUCUCGAGUUUUACCAAUCCAAUUAAGGCGUGUGAGAUACCAAAAGAAAGCUCUCAAGACGAGGAAUCCGUGAAGGUCUGGUUUGCAUCAAUCGGAGUAGAGGAAGGCUUCCAAAUCGUCCGAGCAGAACGCGACCUCGCAGGGACAGAUUUACUCUUCUAAGAAUCGAGUUAGCCGGAAAACACCCGUUCUAGGGGCUGUUUUCGUAUCAACGAUUAGGAGUUGAAAUAGCAACUUGAGGAAGCUGUUUAACACCCAUUUUCAAGCAAGGAACCAGCUCUCAAUAUUCCUUGGCCGAGGCUUUGGUCAUUGGAUCGAGAAGGAAGGUUUUAAAGCUCAUUUGAGGUUGAGGCUAGAGCUUGCUUCCUGUGCUCGUUGCUCGAGAGAUCAUCUAGGAGGGAAGACUUGGUUCGUGCUUCCUCCAUUCGUUUUUUAAACAUUAAUAAACAUGCUCAUGGAUAUUUUACUAUGGAGCCUGCGUGCUCAUGAAAUGCCUUGUGUGGCCCUUUUGUUUUAAACAAUGUUUCCGUUGCGUUAUGAAUUACUUAUUAUGUUUGUUUAUGGAUGUAUGUGUGUGAAUGAUAUUCAAGACGCCUUGUAUAAUAUGAAUGUGUUGGACUGCGGUUGACUAUUCGUAUUGUACGGCGGGUUGUUGACGUGUCCGGAUAGGUCCGGGGCGUGACACAGGUAAGCGCAAAUAGGAUGAUUGGUGGCCACUGAAGGUUAUACAAUUAUAUUGGCUUUUCAAAACUUAGCUUCUGGUUGCGCUGAGUAAGAACUCAUUCUCUAAGAUGCGGCUCAUUUCUCAAAAGAGGAAAGAGAUCAACUCAACGGCAACUUCAACACACAAAAAUGCUAGAGUGACAACGACAGAUAUGCCGCCCACACUAAAGACACAAGUUUCAAAUAGUAAACCGUCUAAUAGCAUAUUUGUAUCUCCACUGUCCCCAAGAAACUCAUUAUAAUCUAAGAGGUGUACUGCUCCCACACCUCAAAGAAACCAGUCCAUCAACAACUUCAUGUUUCCCACUCAAGAAGUUAGAAACUAGUCAAACUCAACUUUUCUAAGAUCAAAUAUUCCGAUUGGUAUUGCUCCUAAAAGUAAGAUCGCACAGGCCACUACACAUCCCACCAGUUCUUCCAGAGCUGCACACAACAAUACUCCUGGGCAGAGAGAUAAUGAUGAGGCAUUAAGUGGUGAAGCAAAUGAUUGUAUCUCCUCACCGAGGACCACCAGCCAGGCUCUAACACGAGGUCCAUGCAAACAGAUUAAAAAUUCAUGUAUGGUGUUGACGACGAGACAAAGAUUAAAAGUUGUAUACAAUAGAGUGACUAAGCGUGCAACUAGUGUGGAGAUGCAUAGUCUACUAGUUCAUGACAUUGGAGCUAUUGUGAGGACACAUUGCCCAAUGGAUACGUGAUACUGGAGUACGAUUUCUUCUAACACGAUGACAAACCUCAUAGAUGAGAUAACCACAAACUUUGAUGUGGAUCUACAAGACAAGGAAAUGAAGGAUUAUAUCUCUAGGCUUUAUGCUGGAAGGUACAUAUAAUUCAAGGCUCAACUGAGUAAAUAUUUCAAGUCAUGCAAAACACUUGAAAACGCACUUGAAACACCCCAUCUAGGGAUGCAAGAUAGAAGUCCAGAUGAGUGGACCAAGUUGUGUGAACAUUUCCUUUCCGAGAAAUUUAUGAAAUCCUCCACAGCAAACACAAGCAACCGUUCUAAGAAAAAAUACAACCACUGCACUGGUUCUCGUCCCAUUGCAUACAUUGUAGAGGAAAUGGCAGCGGUAAUUAAGUUUUUUGGUGCUUUAAGGGCGGUUCUAAAUUUCCUGAAGUUGACACAUUUGAAUACACUUACACCGGAAAAGAUAAGUCUUGGAAGAGCGAUGAAGAUAAGGCUCAACAUGAUAAAAUGAUAGAAAAAACAGAUGAAUAUCUCUUGGAUGUGAUAAGAGAGAAGCAACUUCCUGAGGAUACUCCUUUAGAAGAGGUACCUGUUGAUAAUGCAGACGCAAGACUUAAUAUUAUGGUAUACGUUCUAGGUGUAAAGCCAGGAUGCCGAAUUCGUGGAUUAGGAGAUGGAAGUCUUCGGGAUACCAAUUUACAACAAAAGCGUAUAGAGAAUGAGUUAGCCAUUGAACGUGCUGCAAGAAAAGGUGCUGAAAUGGACCGAUUAGAGACAAAGAAAAGGUUACAUGAAAGAGUAAAGGUUAUAGGAAAACAGUUCAACUUAACAUUGGAUGCAUGGUGCGCUUCUCUACAAAAGUCGUAUAGUAAUGUUCCAGGCUUCAUUCUACCACCUUUUACGGCACUAUCAGUUGAUGUGGAUGAUGAAGUUGAAGAUGAAUCAUAUGAUCUCUGAUUAGGAUAGUCAUGGUCAGGAGUGGUUAUUUUUGUGAUAUUGGAAUAUUUUAUUGUAGACUAAUUCAAUACUUUUAAGGAUGUACCUUUUGUCUUUCAUAAUGAAAGAAUGAAGAUAAGUGUAUCUAUUGUUUUUUUGUACCUGUCUCG